AUGUCUUUAAAAGGACUAAUUACUGUUGCGUUUCUAAUUUGCGUUUUUGGCCGAGCUACUACUUCAGCUAAUAAAGUAGUUGCGGUUAAUCGAAAUGAUAUCGAUAGUUUUUUGGUUAAAGGCGGUUGUUCAGAUGACCCAAAUGUGUGCCCAAGAUCAGCAACAUGUCAUUCGAAGACUGGUCUAUGCUUGUGCGAUAGUCGUAAACCAACAUAUCAAAAUCCGGAGAUCAUAACUGACGGCGAAAUUGGUCUCCGGUAUGGUACCACGUAUGGUUGCGUUAAUAAUCAGUUUAUCGAUAGUAUUGGUUCUAAUUUUUGCCCUUUCAACCCAUUUAAAAAAAUACCUUACAUCGACAACGGUCCAGCCGUGAAAUUCAACUACGAGGAUUCAAAAGUUGUGGUGAAGAGUUGCUCAUUUAAAAAGGCCUGGAUAACAUUUCCAGGCCAAAAUAGAAAAGAUGAGCUGCCGUGGUUAAAUGAAUCUUUUGUUGACUUGAAAGUCUCAAGUAAAAGUUUGUAUUUCAAAUGGAAAAAGCCAGUUCAGGAUUUACAAGGGACGAUAAUCACAUUCAAUCUCAGAUGCGAUGUAGGUUCAAGUAUUUUGGAACUGAAUUGCCUCAAAGCAAAGGUUUUUGGGAGAUGGUUGUUAGAGGAAUGUUCAACGGGCUACUGGAGUAGCUCUUUCAACGUCGCUGGUUGGUCAAAAUGUAGUUCGGACAAGCUUUUCAUCAACAAAAUUUAUCGACGUACGUCAAAUGGAGUCGAUGGAAUAUCUAAUCUUGAUCAGGUAUCAUGCUGUAGUUUAAUAAAAGUGUCGGACGAGGAACGAGGAGUAUGUAAGACUGAAGACUGGUCAACUUCUCUGAAUAGAAAUAAUCAGUGGAGCCUUUGUCCCUUGGGUUACUUUCUAAACGGAUUGAAUCGCACCGCUGGCGAUAAAUUAAGUAACAUCAAAGAAGCCUUCUGCUGCAAACCCGAAGGUCGUCCUGACGAGUAUGAAUUGUGUUAUGAUGAAGAUGUUGCAACAUCGUUCAAUCAAGCAGGUUGGUCAGGGUGUUUGAAGGCUGAGGGAUAUUAUAUCACUGGAGUGUACCGUGGACCUGGUGAAGACUAUCUUAACAACAUUGAUAAGUUUCGAUGCUGUCAGAUGGUAAAAGACGGUGUAGUUUCGACAGUAACCCCGACGACAGGGCCAACAGUCAACGACAAUCCAGAUUCAGAUGGCAAGAGUUCGAAUACACAGACAACACUUAUUGCUGUUCUCGUCGUCGCUCUUGUGAUUGUUGUUAUUCUAGCAGUUGUUGUGGGCUUUCUCUGGAAAAAAAUAAUGCAGAGAAAUGAAAGCAACAGAGGGAUGCAGGGCGCUCAAGUACAGGCAGGUGGAGGGAGAGCAAACGAAGUAGAGACGGCAUACGUUGACGUACAAGACAGUGGAGGAAAUCCAGUGAUCCCACCGCCAACUGUUGAUAAUGAAGAUUAUCAAGUGCCGACAAUUUAUAAAGCUCUUCCAUAGUCGUACGAGGCAGAAGGGCUGGGACGCAGGGCUAAGAUUAAAACAAUAAUUUGGGGGGGGGGGUGUUUUUUCAUAUAUUCGAUUCGACAGAUUUCCUUUGAAAGCUAUUGCACUCGUGCAUAAAAGCUAUUGCACUUACAAAAGAAAUCCGUCGGACAGAACUGAAUAUAUGAAUAAACAACCCCCAAUUAUCGUUCUAGUUUCGGAGAGACGGGGAGCCUACCUCUCGGUUCAGCAAUUUUUUAUCGAAUUCCUGCAUCCCCUUCCCCUUGUAUUAUUUGGUCCGUGCGUCUAUGAGCUUUUCAAAAUGUGGAUAUAACCGAUAAAUAAAUCUUCACGCACGCUUAACUGUAUAUAUUUCAACUUUCUGUAUAGCUUUCCGUGUAUACUGUUACUACAAUCCUGGACAAAAUAUGUAUAGAGACUAUUUGUUAAUUUCACAAAAUUCUAUUACAGGGUACUAAAUUCGUGCAGUUUCUAUUAAGAAUUCAAUAAUAAUUCUAAAAAUUCCCACUCCCCCCUCUCCCAGGAACAAUUUUGAGUGAAAUGAAGUCAUUUGCUGAGAUAUAUCGCUUAAAUAUCAACAUUGUAUUACGGGGGAAAGGGAGAAACGAGACGCAAUAGAAAGUUUUUUCCAGGAUUGUAUAUAUAUAGUUUAACUAUAUGCACUCGAUACAUAUACCUUAGCCUUAAUUAUUAUGCCUCUAUAUUUACCUGUUCUCAUACCUCAGUAUCUGUACUUCUAUUCGGAGGAAGGGUUACAUGCAACUGUGACUAUAUAUAGUAGCUAUAUAGCUAUAUAUUGCAAUAAAAUCGCACCAAUUGCACCAAAAUAUGAAGCUUUGUUGGUAGAUUCAAAAAUGAAACUGCAUGCUUCAUGAUAAAAGGUUACGUUGACGAAAUUUCAUUAAACACUAUCACAAUAAUUUAAUGAAGUGUUAUAGAUUUUUUCACAGCAACAAUUUGCAAUGCCUCUAUCCUACCAAUCAAAU